AUGAAGCUCUCCGCGUUUGUGACCGUCGUCGCCGCCGCGGUGCUCGCCGUCCAGGGGCAGACCAUCGAGAGCUGCCUGGAGAAGGACAGCAUCUCCUGCGUGCAGAAGAACCUCUACAGAAGGGCGAAGGAGUUCUUCGACUCGGACAGCAUGGAGAUCUUCAGUGGUGUUACCUUGGUGAAGAGCGGCGACAGUCAGGGGAGAAGCUCGCGGACCGGCAAGCAGCUGGUCUACGAUCAGGAGAUCGACGCCGCUAACAGUGUCUCCGAAAGGCAGGACGCGCUUGUGAAUUAUGUCAGCGAGGAGGCCGGCGAGUUCCUCAGUGGACGCAGUCUCAGGAUCAACUUCACGCCUAUCAUCGAGAAGAUCGGCACGUCCGCACGCGCGAUCAGCGAGUCCGCGCCGGAAGAGGUCCGGGAGGCUGUUGACUUAGUUGUCGAAGGUCGAGGCAAGAAGAAGCAGCUGAAACAGCUGCUGCCCCUGUUGAUCGCGGCGAAAGCGAAAAUCGGAGCCCUGGCCACCCUGGCUUACUUCGUGACCGGUUUCAUCGCGAAGAAGGCCAUCUUCGUCUCGUUGGUCUCGCUCGCGAUCUCGGCCUUUAUCGGGCUGAAGUCGCUGUGGGCCAAAGGUGGCCACGACGUCACCCCUUACCACGGCUGGAGCAGCGGCCCGUCGUCGUCCGUCGGCUGGUCCGGCCCAGUUUCGUCGGGAGGAUGGUCCUCGGGUGGUUCAUGGGACGACGGGCACGGCUACGCGCAGAGCCAGGCCUACUCCGGCUACCACCAUUAA